CUGAGCUCCAGACGCCCAUCAACAUGUUUGUGACAUACAUCCUUGCCUCAACUGUACUCUUUGGUUCUGUACUGGGCCAGAGAUGCAGCACCACUUGGGGCAUCAAAGACACCAGUUACCUUAUUGAAAAACUGAAGGACGACCCACCGUCAAAAUGCAGCUGCGGCGGCAACGUGACCAGCUGCUUGUGUCUCCCCAUCCCAUCUGAUGACUGUACCACACCGUGCUUCCGGGAGGGACUGUCACAGGUGACCAAUGCCACACAGAAAACAAGAUUCUCUGUUUUUUUCAAUCGGGUGAAAAGGACAGUUGAAGCCCUAAAGAACAGCAAGUGUCCGUUUUUCUCCUGCGAAAAGCCAUGCAACCAGACCACAGCAGGCAAUACACUGUCAUUUCUGAAGAAUCUCCUGGGGACAUUCCAGAAGACGGAGAUGCAAGUGCAGAAAAGCCGACCAUGAAGAUGGAUACUAUUUAUUCUAUUUAUUGAAUUUACAAAACCUUUCCUUUUUACUUGUUACAGUGAAGAAAUAAACUAAGCUAUUCUAGAU